AUGGUGGAUAGGGAGAACAAUUAUAACUGGAGAUGGUUCUUGGAGUUGCUAGCUGUCGAUUUGGACAUCAACAACAGCCAACUUUGGGCUUUCAUGAGUGAUCGGCAGAAGGCAAUGUCCCCUGGAGCUUAUGGGUUCCUGCAGAAAAUAGCACCUGAGCAUUGUGUAAUACUUGGAGCAAGGAGCAAAGGGAUAGUGACAUUGAAUGAAAUUAUUAGAACAAAGUUGAUGUGCAGGAUUCAAAAGAAAAGAGAUGCUAUGCAGAAAUGUGGCAGUGAGUAUUGUCCUAGAAUAAUGAAAAAACUAGAAAAGGCAAAGGCAUUGAGCUUUACUUAUAGCACAACCUGGUCAGGAGGUGCACAAUACCAAGUCCUAGGCAAUGAGGGCCAAUUUGUGGUUGACAGAAUAGAAAAAACUUGCUCUUGUAGAAAGUGGCAACUAACUGGAGUGCCCUGUGCUCAUGCAAUCUCUGCAUUAUAUUACAACCAGGACAGGCCUGAAAAUUAUAUAGAUGAAUGUUACAAGGUGUCCACAUUUCUAGCAAUCUAUAGCCACAUUCUAUAUCCCACACAGGAUAGGAGUUGUUGGCCUAGUAGUAACCAGAGCCCUAUGAUCCCACCUCCACCUGUAAACAACAAAAGAGGGAAGAAAACAAUGCUGAGGAGGAGAGAGCCAAAUGAGGAGGCUGGAUACACCAAAGGAAAGGUCAGCAUGAAGGGCAGGAAGAUCACUUGCAGCAUAUGUGGUGUUGCCGGCCAUAACAAAAGAUUCCAUGGAAUUCAGGUACCUUUGCAGCUUAAUUUAUGA